ACUUCCUCUGCAGUCCAACUCCAAACACACCAGCGUCAGGGGACAGCAGUCCAUUUAAUUAAAGUGCUUAAGCGAUUAGCAUGGCGCCCAUAAUGGAGGACAGGCAUACUGUCCUGCAUCUCUAUGAGCCCGUCCGCGAGCUAUGCAGUAUCAGCCUCUAUCUCCCCAAGGGGAGGGCCCCAGUGUUUACAUACAAGAGCCACGCCCCUCUGUGGGCCCAGCCCAGUAAUGACCAAGACCAGGGAGAGGUGGAUCCCACGGCAGCCAAACAAAGAGGCCAGUCUUAUGAGUCCGCAGCCGAACUCCUCAACUCCUACCAGGCAACAAAGGAAGCUGUUGCUGAGCUCUGCUGGCUGGCCACGGAGCACCACCAGUUGCUGACUGAUCUCUUAUCUCUGUGCGGAGACUGCGCCAACAAAGUCAGGAUGGGUAAUCAGGAUGGGAAGCUCCAGGGUCACAGGGAGGGUUGUGGGAGCUUCUCAGGACAGGUCCUCAGUAGUAAUGCUCAACAUGCUCUCUCCUUGUCCCCGGAGCACAAGAGAGCCUCCUCACGGGGCAGAAAGCUGAAGAAGCUGGGUGUGAAGAAGUUAGACAGUGCAGAAGAGUUCCUGCAUAGCAAGAUGAAGAAGAAAGUAGGGCAAGGGAGCACUGCAGUUGAGUCUUUAUCUGUCCAGUCCUUGGCUCAGACCCGGAAUCAAUCCAACCUUGUCCCAGUGGUGGAGGAGCAAAGAGUUCCUGGGACCCUAACAUCUCUCCGAGCUGUGGCCAGCAACCCCAUCCUCCCUGUGGAGGAGCACUUCCAUAUUGCCAGGGAGGGCUGGGACUUCAUGGAGGACGACUCUCUAGCCUCUGAGCCAAACCUGGACUGCACUGACAUGUCUGAGUAUGACAGUGAACUCUGCUUGGGCUAUGAAGCUUCUUCCUGUACUUUAUUGGAAAACGUUCAGGAUCAUAUCGAACGGGAGUAUAUGCUGAGUGGGAACAACAUUCGUCCCAUGCGGUCUGAGGACAAGUCAGCCCACCAGCUCUAUGAUGAGAUCAACAGGAGGGACACAGGGGUUAGGGUGGUGGCCAAGGUGCAGGAAAAUGAGGCCACAGUUCAACGUGCUAGCCAUAUGAGCCCAAACAGAUCCAAAGAGUUCUAUCCAGAGGCUGAAUCAGUUGCACCUCAGCCGAGGACCAGCAGCUGUCAGCAGGAGUUUGGGGAAUGGAGGAGUCUAAACGGGGACAUUAGGGAUACGGUAGGGACCAAACCUGCAGAGGGGCUAAGGCUACCUCUCUCACACCCUACUGAGGCCUCCUCUACCAAAUCCCACAGUAAGAGUCCCUGUUCACCCUCUCUGUGUGGGGUGUUCAACACCUCCUACCCUGCCACCAACAGUCUGCAGAGCAUGUCCCCACUGCUGUCCCCUCUAUUGACCAAGCUCCCCAGCCCCCAGCUCAACCAUCGCAUCCUGCUCCUUUCUGACGAGGAUGUUUGCCAGGGGACGGACAGUGACAGCCCCCGGACUGGAUCCAAAGAAGCGCCCAAAGUCACCACGGAGGUCAUAGAUAAGAAUGGCAACAAGCGGACCAUCACACGGCUGGACCUGAACCUCAGCAGACUACCAGCGACUUCCAAAUGGAAUUCCACCAGCCUCUCCACGGCAACAGAGGAGGCCGACAUCUGGAUGCUGGACGGUGAUGAUGCCAUCUCCCAGACCCAGAACUCCCUGAACCCUGCCUCCCGUCCUGACCACCUGGACAUCCUCAGGAUCACGCCCCCAGAAGAUGACAUCAUUGGAGAUACCCCCUACUAUCCUGGACUGGAGUGCACGAAGCCAUGGUUUACAGGCAACAUUCGGACUGAGAUUAAGGGUAGAGCUGCCGCAUUCAAGGUGCGGGACUCAAACCCGGAAGCUUACAAGAAAUCCUGA